AUGGAUCCAAACCGCAGACCUCGACUGCAACGCCGGCCGGCGACAAAGCCUCGACGCCCCGGGGGCAACGCGUUCGCCAACGACGGCAGCUUCAUGGAGAUGUUCAAGAAGAAGAUGGAGGCGGAGGAGAGGAGGAAAAGGAGCAGCAAGCAGCAGGAGGAGCAGCAGCAGGAGACUCCAGAGCUUCAGAACAGGGGACAGACACCAGUGGACAAGAAGCCCCCUGCAGUGACGAGCUUCAGGACACACAAUGUAGAAGCGUCUUCUCCUUCGCUGGCCGCCCGCCUCAGAGCUCCUGUAACGGUUUCAGUCUUCUAUCCCCUCACCCAGGUGGGGAAGCGCAGAGGAGGCGUGUUCCUAAAGACCGGCAUGGUUGCGAAGAAGCAGAAAGACGACUCAGAGGCUGUGCCAGGAAAGAGUGACGCCUGGGCAUCGUACAUGGCCGAGGUGAAAAAGUACAAAGCCCACCAGUGCGGCGACGAUGAUAAAACCAGACCACUGGUCAAGUAGAGUCCACGAGGGUGAACGUGGAGCGACACUGCUGCGAGGAGGGAGGGAUGGGGGGUGGCAUCGCCUGGGGGGGGGUGGCCGGACACUCCCGCCCCUUCGUAUUGACAGUUCAAGUGACCCUUCUGCUCAUACUGACAAACUCCCCUUUUUUUGUAUAAUUUUUUUUGUGUUACUCAUUUGUUGGAUGUCGGUGACUUGAUCUGGUGUCAAACGGUGCUUUGAAGACUUUCAUGAUUAUUGUUCAACCUUUUUUUGUUUUUCAAUUUCUCACUUCUGGUUUUAUGUUCGGUUUCGUUCGUGAUUUGAUUUUACGCCAACUCGAUUAAAUUCACGUUGCCUAUU